AUGGCUGCCGACGCUGUCUCAUCCUCGGCCGGCGGUGUCAUAUACCUGAUUCUCUCCCAGAUCAUCUCUCGCGGGGCCACUUUCAUCCUCAACCAAGGCAUACUUCGCUACCUGUCACCAAGUCUGCUGGGCGUAUCAGUGCAACUCGAGCUCUACAUCAUCACAGUCCAUCAUUUUGCGCGGGAGUGUCUUCGUGUCGCGACGCAAAGGCGACCAGAAGGUGGCAUUCAGGCGGCCAUUAACCUCAGCUAUCUCGCGAUAUGCGCCGGUCUGCCCAUCACACUGCUGAUCGGACGGUACUGGGGCCGGCCUGAUGUACUGUACUUCGAAGAGGCCUUGCGAAUAUGUGGCAUGGCAGCGAUUGUAGAGCUGCUUAGUGAACCGGCUUUCGUGGCAGUACAUCAGAACAUGCUCUAUGGUACACGUGCCAAGGCAGAAGCGUACGCCGUUGCGCUGAAGACUGUUUCCACUGCUGGAGUGGUCAUAUAUGGUCACACUCAGGGCAUAGAAACCGGAGCGCUGCCUUUUGCAGUGGGAGAGUUAGUGUACUGUGCAACAUUGACAUUGACAUAUGUCUGGAAAACGCUGCCGGUAGCAAGGCACGAAGGUUUCACGCUACUUCCCAAGGCUAUCAAAGAGAGCUCAUCAAAAGAUUUUGUACUUUCACUCUUCCCAAAGUCCCUGCUCAAUCUAAGCUUCUGGCUGUACUUUCAAGAAGGCGUCAAGUACUUCCUCAACAACUCAGAUGUACUUGCGAGUAUUGCAGCAGUAUCUCUAGAAGAUCAAGGCAACUAUGCCAUUUCCACCAACUACGGUGGUCUCAUCGCUCGAAUGGUCUUCCGACCCAUCGAAGACAGCUCCAGGAACCUCUUCGCGAGACUUUGCUCCUCACCUGCACAGGAAGCAGAUGCGGCGAAGGGGAAGCAAGUGAAGAUAUCAACGGAGACUAUUCUUGAUCAGAAGUCUGCAGACAUCAAGCAAGCCGCCACCAUCUUGAUGGACAUCCUCCGUGUCUACAACAUCGUAUCCCUCAUAAUCUUCGCAGUCGGACCAUCUGCAGCACCACUUCUACUCCGCCUGAUCGCUGGUUCACGCUGGUUAGACUCUGGAGCUGGCGAAGUGCUUGGAACAUACUGCUACUCCAUACCACUGCUGGCCAUCAAUGGCGUCAGCGAAGCGUUCGUCGCGGCGACAGCUACGCCAAGCGAUCUGUUCCGACAAAGCUUCGUGAUGGGUGGAUGCUUUGCUGGCUUUGCUGGCAGUGCAUACUUCUUCUUGCAGGUGAUGGGUCUGGGUGCCAAGGGUCUGGUCUUUGCGAAUUGCGUCAAUAUGGGACUGAGGAUUGUGUACAAUUUGUGGUUCGUGAGGAGCUACUUUGGUCAGAAGGGCCAGAAGUUUGAUUUGGCGGACAUCCUGCCUAACGGUGCGGCUAUGGCAGCGACAGUGGUCGUUCCAAGCAUCCUCUCCUCGGCGCAGAAAGGAGGGCUACUGGUGCAUUACGGUUUGAUGGGAGACCUGGUUCGAGUUGGUGUUGUUGGUGGCAGUUUUGCGGCGUUCGUGCUCGCGACUGAACAUCGCUUCUUCAUCGAAUGCUAUAGGAAGUUUCGCUCGUAG